AUGGUUUCGUGGACGCUCGUUGCAGCUAUCGCUGCAAUAGCCACUGUCAAAGUCGCACCGGAAUACUCUCUCUAUUCCUCAUACUUCCUCCAGACAAUUACAUUCGUCCUCAUAGCGUGGGUAGCCAGGCUUGUUUACACCGGGAUUCUGUAUCCAGCAUAUUUGACGCCACUGAAGCAAAUUCCUACUCCAUCAAAUCGAUCAUGGUUAUAUGGCAACACGGAGUCAGUCGACUUACGCUUUCCAGUCGAAAAGGUGCGACAAUGGAAAAAGACCAUUCCAAACCCUGGUUUGCUUAGAUACUAUGUCAUUGGUAACUCAGAGAGGAUCGUGGUCUUGUCGCCCAAGGCCAUCGCUGAUCUCUUGGUGAAUAAGAGUUAUGAUUUCAUACGCCCGGAGAUAGCGCGUGUGCAACUUAGCAAGGUGACUGGGGAGGGCUUGUUGGUUGCUGAGGGUGACGUGCAUAAGGCACAACGGAAAAGCUUAAUGCCCUCAUUCUCCUACCGGCACAUCAAGGAAUUAUAUCCCCUGUUCUGGACCAAGGCCAUCCAAAUGACCAACGAGAUCGACAAGGGGAUCAAAGCUAAUAAAAUCGGCCAAGAUACGAUCAAAACCAGCACCUGGGCAAGCAGAGCCAUGCUCGAUAUCAUCGGCCUAGCCGGAUUCGACUACGAUUUCAACACUCUCGCCAACGCCGACAAUGAACUUGCGCGUCGCUAUGAGAGCAUGGUGAUGCUUCCCACUGGGGUUCAGCGUUUCGUUGCGUUUGUAUGUUUAUUCUUCAUUGGAUUCAAAUAUUACUUCCGUAUUCCGAGCCCUCAGAACAAGGUCGUGGAUGAUGCGAUGAAGUAUAUCCGGAGUACAGCGCUUGAACAUUUGACCAUGAAGAAGAAGCGGUUGCAAGGAGAGGCCAAACACGUGGAUGUGGAUAUCUUGUCGGUGGCGAUGCGCGAUGGCAGUUUUACAGAUGACAAUUUGGUGGAUCAGAUCAUGACUUUUCUGGGUGCGGGCCAUGAGACGACUGCGUCGGCGUUUCAGUGGGCUGUAUAUGUUCUAUCAAAACAUCCUGAAAUCCAGACAAGGCUUCGAGAAGAACUUCGAAACUCUCUGCCACGUAUUCCGUUUGAGGAAGUGAACGAUAUCAAAGAAAUCAGGGACGAAAACGGUGAUAUCAAACACGCAUUCUUGGAGUUGUUCGCCUCUAUCGACGGCAACAACAACUCCAACAUACCCUAUCUAUGGGCAUUCACCAAUGAAGUCCUCCGCUUCCAUCCCUCUGCACCAUUCACUUCCCGCGAAUCAGUCCGCAACACAACCCUAGCCGGCCACUUCAUCCCUAAGGGCACACACGUCCUCGUCGCCCCCGAAAUAACAAACAAAGACACUGACCUCUGGGGCCCAGAUGCAGAGACCUUCAACCCAGACCGCUGGCUUAACAUUGACCCGGCCACCAACAAGCCGGUUAGCUACAACAACAGCGGUGGCGCGAUUAGCAAUUACGCGCAUUUGACCUUUAUUCAUGGGCCCCGCGCUUGUAUUGGGCAGGGAUUUGCGAGGGCGGAGCUUGCCAUCUUUGUGGCGGUGUUUGUGUAUCGGUUUGAGUUUGAGCUGGAGGAUCCGGAGAAGAAGCUAGAAGUAAGGAGGAUGAUUACGCAGGCGCCUACGGAUGGGGUUGUCAUCAAGGUUAGGAGGGCUGAUUAA